CUAGUUCAUAGAUCAUAGAUGUGUGAGCUCCGACAACUGCAAUUUCUUAACAGCUGAGCUCAAUCUUCAUGGUUUAAACGAAUGAGUCACUCGUCGUAAGUAAAAUCCUAGGCUUCGACCUCCACCAUGUGUGACUGUCUUCUUCCCUCAGUCCCUCUAUCAAUCUCUCUCACCAAACAUCGCUGCAGUUUCAUUCUAACCAAACCCAAACCCAAACCCACUUGGGCACCACAAAGCAGACCGGUUCCAUUCAUUCACACCCGAAACUCCACUCGUGUUUGGAAUUCCAGAGUUCCUCUCAACCCAGGUGGAGCUCAAGGCGAAUUAGCGUUUAAGGAAGAGAACGAGUUCGAGCUCAAAGAGAAAGAGGGAAACGGAAUUGGUACAAAGCGUGAUGAAACGGCAUCGUCUGGUUUAGAUUUUGGUGAAUCGAAGAGAGAUAAGAGGAGCGAAGAAAGGUUGGAAGAGAGGGAUUUGGUUGAAGUUGGAGGGACUGAAGAAAGAGUGGGAUUGAGGAAAAGGAAACAAGUGGUGCGGAGGUCGAGUUUUCUGGCGAAGCAAGUGAUUAGCAUUCGAAGUGCUCUUUGCUUGGGCUUUGUCUCUCAGCUUUGGGUGGACACCACAUAUUGGGUGGUUUUGUUUGUAGAAGUGAGGCCAAACUUGCUUUCAGGGGAAUCAGAAAGGUUUCUUCUUGAGGAUGUCAGCCAGGUUGGUGAUGUUGUUCUCAUCCAGGAUGAGAGUGUUAUGGAGAAUGAGUUUAAAAUGGUUGGACUGGAAACCUUGGUAGGAUACAAAGUCGUAACACCAGCUCGUCGGAAUAUCGGGAAGGUGCGGGGGUAUAGUUUUAACAUUAAUUCAGGGGCCAUUGAAUCACUGGAGCUUGACUCUUUCGGAAUCUCCAUUAUUCCAUCAAGUUUGGUUAGCACCUAUGCUCUCUUUGUGGAGGAUGUGCUGGACGUUAUACCUGACGCAGUUGUCGUGCAUGAAGCUGCGGCCUCACGCAUACAGAGACUAACAAAGGGUUUUUUGGGCACCCAAAAUGUGGGGACUUCAGUAGAUGAGCUUGGAGAAUAUCCAGACUUUGAAAGACCUGCUAGGUCUGAAUAUGGUCAGAGUGUAAGAAGAAGUUACGGUAGCCAGAGAUUCCAACCAAGGAAUAGGGAAACUGAGGAUGAUUGGGAGCUUCCGAAAGAUUACUUGUGAUCUCUAGGGUUUACCCGCUGACUCCCAUGUAGAUACAUAUGUGCAUUCUCAUUGCUGUCUUUCCUCAAUAGUCAUGCCAUUCAUUUUCAUCUUUGUGGUUGGAUAUCUUAAAUUGCUUUCACAUUUAUAAGAUGGAAGCUGUUGGACAUACGAGGGUCUUGAGUUAACGAUGUUUUGCUGGAUUCAUUUGGUUUAGUUAAUAGCUAUGUAAUAAACGAGACCAUUGGGUUU